AUGGCGACAAAGAAGGACGAUGAGGAGACUUACUACAACAACAAAAUAACCAUCAUUCAGGAAGCCAGGCUCUUCAACGAGUCUCCAGUCAAUCCACGCAAAUGCCGCUCGCUCCUCACGAGAAUCGUCUAUCUGUUGUACACGGGAGAAACAUUUUCAACGCGCGAGGCCACAGAGCUCUUCUUCGGGACGACAAAGCUCUUCCAGCACAAGGAUCCCGCCCUUCGUCAAAGUGUCUAUGUAGCCAUCAAGGAGCUUGCUUUGACAGCAGAAGACGUGAUUAUUGUGACGAGCAGCAUCACAAAGGAUAUGCAAACCCAGACAGACGCAGUCUAUCGCCCUAAUGCUAUCCGAGCUCUCGUCAGAAUUAUCGACCCUUCUUUGGUCCACAAUCUCGAACGCUAUUUCAAGGCAGCAAUCGUCGAGAAGAGUACCUCGAUUUCAUCGGCUGCACUCGUUUCCUCAUACCAGCUAUUCCCAGUCUCCAAAGAGGUCAUCAAACGCUGGGUAAACGAAGUACAAGAGGCAGUACAACUAAAGCCGGCGUCAAAUCCGUUUAGCGGUCUCGGCGGUGGAGGCGGUCUCAAUCUCUCCAGUGCUGGUGGAUACCUUGGAUUUGGGUCAUCUGCGCCUGCGACCCCAGUCCAACCGACCAUACCGUCGACAAGUAACAUUACCCAGUACCAUGCCCUUGCUCUUCUCUACGUAAUCCGACAACAAGAUCGUAUGGCUGUCACCAAAAUGAUCCAGCAAUUUGGCGGCGGAAGAUCUGGUGCCGGUGGUCUAUUGAAGAACCCGAUGGCCAUUUGUAUGCUUAUACGGUUCGCAGUCAAAGUCAUGGACGAGGAUCCCAACCUUCAGAAGCAAAUGGUGGAGCUUUUGGAAGGUCUCAUCCGACACAAAAGCGACAUGGUCACGUUUGAAGCUUCACGGGCUCUUUGCGAAAUGCGAAACGUGACAGCCGCACAAUUAACCAAACCAAUGGCUCAAAUGAUGCUGUUCUUGUCCUCUACCAAACCCACUCUCCGAUUCGCUGCCAUGCGAACUCUCAGUGCGCUCGCUCUCACCCAUCCCACGAGCGUGGCUACCUGCAACGUCGAGAUGGAAAAUCUCAUCUCCGAUAGUAACAGGAGCAUCGCGACGUAUGCGAUCACGACUCUGCUCAAGACUGGAAACGAAGCCUCUGUCGACAGGCUGAUGAAGUCGAUUACAGGCUUUAUGUCGGAAAUCAGCGACGAGUUCAAGGUUAUCGUCGUCGACGCCAUUCGCUCGCUUUGCCUCAAGUUCCCGAACAAGCAGUCGCAAAUGCUGACCUUCUUGUCCUCCAUCCUACGCGACGAAGGUGGAUAUGACUUUAAGCGGGCAGUGGUAGAGGCCAUCUUUGACAUGAUCAAAUUCAUCUCGGAAAGUAAAGAGGCUGCCUUGGCACACCUGUGCGAGUUCAUCGAAGAUUGCGAGUUCACCAAAUUAUCCGUUCGGGUCUUGCAUCUUCUCGGCAUCGAAGGUCCCAAGGCGCCAAAUCCAACAAAAUAUAUCCGCUACAUCUAUAAUCGUGUCGUCUUGGAGAAUGCAAUCGUCCGUGCCGCUGCUGUCACCAGCCUGGCCAAAUUUGGCGUGUGUGGCUCGGACCCAACAAUCAAGCGCAGCGUCAGCGUGCUGCUCAGCAGGUGCUUGGACGACAUUGACGACGAAGUUCGGGAUCGUGCAGCAAUGUAUCUCCGAGUUAUGAAGGAAGAUGCCCUCGCUGAGCCACUAGUAAAGGAAGACUCCGUUUACUCGCUGGCGACCCUGGAGUCAAAGCUGGCGGCCUAUGUCAGCAAUCCAGAUGCGCAGAAUGAGGAAUUUGAUAUCUCAUCCAUCCCGAAAAUCAGCCGUGCGCAAGCUCAACAAGAGGCAGCAAGGCCAACCACACUCGAGACGUUUACGGCUUCGGUCGUUCCUCAGCCAAAAGCAAACGUCCCUGCUCCUGCCGCACCCUCAGCCCAGGAGACACAAUCUGCCUAUGCAUCUCAGCUUGCAGCUAUCCCCAACUUCUCGGGUUACGGCUCGGUGCUUACGAGCAGUCCGAAGCCCACGCCAUUGACGGAGACCGAGACAGAAUACGUGGUUACUUGCGUAAAGCACAUCUUCAAGGAGCACAUUGUCUUCCAGUUCAAUGUUGCCAAUACCAUUCCGGACACAGUCCUAGAGAACGUGUCUGUCGUUAUGCAACCUUCGGCAGAAGGUGUGGAAGAGGACUUUAUCAUUCCCGUUGACAGCCUUGACGUUGCGGCUGGCUCUCAACCUGUAUACGUCUCGUUCACCCGUACAGAUCCAGAGGAAUAUCCCCUUGGAAGCUUCGCGUGCACUCUCAAGUUUGUCUCAAAAGAAGUGGACCCAUCCAGUGGUUUGCCAGAGGAGACUGGAUACGACGACGAGUAUCAACUCGAAGAAGUUGAGCUAAGUGUUGGCGGAGACUAUAUCGUGCCCAACUAUUGCUCAUUCGAAACUGAGUGGGUGAAACUGGGCGAGGAGUCGGGUGCAGAAGAAUUUGCCCUCAACUCAAUGUCGAGCAUCAAAGGAAAGUAA